AUGGUGGGACUCAAGUGUAGCAGCCAGUGCCUCGCGCUUUCGUGCAUCCUUUUGGUCAGCUGUUUCGGCUGGGUGACGGCCCAACAGUUUGUGCUGCCCGGGCGUCCGCAGCGUUCGCUAUUUGGUCCACCGCCGCCCGGACCGUGGAGCAGCAGCGGCUGGAGCAGCAGUCCCAGCUUUGAGCUGCCGACGCAUCAUGAGCACAAUCACAUAACAAGGGAUGAGGUGCUGGCUCUGUUGGCCGCCUGGAAGGCAGCGGAUGCCAAGCCGCCAGCUAAGCCGGAGCCGGAGGCCGAACCGGAGCCGGAGCCCGAGGCGCCGGAACCGGAGCCAGAGCCCGAGGAGCCCGCACCGGAGCCAGCGCCAGGACCACAGCCGGCCGUGCCAUUGACCGUCUCGCUGCCCGCCUUUGUGCCCAUCCAGCUGUCCGCCAUGUACACGGCGCCCGCGCCCGGUGCCGGCGGUGCUGGUGGUGCCGGCGGCGGUGGUGGUGCUGGAGCUCCUGGCGCUCCUGGCGCUGCUGGCGCUGCAGGUGGAGCUGGUGCCCAGGCGCAGGCGCAGGCGCGUUCCGGUCGACGCAAUGUGGCCAGGUCCAAUGGCAAUAUACGCUUUCCCGUUGCCAAUCCGCGCAGCUUUGCAUCCGCCAAUUAUGUGGCGCCACGUCCGCGUUUCUAUCGCACCAUCGUCGCCGAGACCGGCCAGCCCAUGAGCAUUGGCGCCUUGCCGCCGCCGCCUUUCCUCGCCAAUCCCGUGCAAUUCGUGCCCAGCAAUUGGCAGUAG